AUGAUUCCUGAGGCUGCUGAAGCAGUUGCGAAGAGGUGUAACAGCAUGAAGGAUCUACGAGAGCACCCUGAUAUUCAAAAACCUUGGUCUGAGGCAAUGGAGAAUGUGAAAAGAAUUAUCUCCAGUAGAUUCUGUAGAAUUAGAUUCUAUGGCCAGAAAGUAGAGGUUACUAACGUAACUACAGGAAAGUAUGCAGCCUACAUUGACUGGAAAGCAAAACAUUGUCGAGAAAGGCAGUACACAUUUCAAAUACGGAAAUGUAAUGAUCGGGCCUGCUGUCUCCCUAACACAGAGAAUUGUCCAGAACAUUGGCUUCCUGAUCCUGUAUUGGAUGACAGUGGUGCACAUUACAAGCCAUAUACAGAGGUGAAGAUGGAGGAUACUGUUGAGGCAAAACCUAGGUCCAGUAUUGUGAAGACCAAGGCUCCAAAGAGAACUCUCUCUCAUCUACCGAGGUGUCAACUGAAGUAGGACAGUUGCCAGAUCAGGAAACAUCCAGGGGAGUAGCUCUGUCUUCCCAGAAUGCAAGGUGCAUUGUGGAAUGUACCGAGUGUCAGAAACCAAGGGCUGUUUAUUCAAAUCUAAAGGUAUGAUCUUUUAAAUUGAUAUUGAUCACACAAAUACAGAUCCUCUGCAAGUGCUCACAUCUUGAAGUUCACCUUAGUCUUAUUUUAGAAUUGUUCAUUUUGUUGUUUUUUCAGAUUAGUACAGAUCGCCAGAAAAUGGCAAUUGCCCUUGCCAUAUCUGAAUUCAACUACUCAUGUGGGCUCCACUCCUUCCCCAGAAUCAUUCUUUAUACCAUCAGCUUGUUGUUCGACCUCUUUUAACAUGUAGUUCUCCUAUUGAAAUUCCAUAUUAUGGUUCGGGUUUUGGCCAGGUGGAUGUUUGUUACCACUGUGGAACACCAAAUGCUGAUCCAAAAUCAGAAAUGAGAAAUAUGUACAAAACUGUAUUACCAAUUUGUACCACUUGUGAAAACUCUGGAAGGAAGGUCUUUGUUGCUAGACCAUUUGGGAAAAAUAAAUA